CGGGAUUGCUGGGUGGUGGAUUAGAGGCGGCCUCGUACCACCGUGCAAUUCAGCAUCAGAUCAGAAGGGACAGAGGGCAGAGAGAGAGAGGACAAACAACAAGCGGCAUAGUUCUUGUACCCUUUGGUAGGUGGUUGUGGAGGAGAGGAGCCCUUGUGUUAUCUCCUCAUAUCCCUUUCUUUCCUCUCUAAAGUUUGAACCUUUAACGCUGUCUACCUCUCCCACUCUGUCUCUCUCUGAUAAAUUUGAGAGAGACCCAGAAAGCUGAGACCAAGCAUUUUUUUUUAGCUUCUGGGUCUUCAAUGGCAAGCUUGAUGUUCUCAGAAUGUGGCCUUAAACCCCUCCCCAGGAUAUACCCUAACCCCAGAACUGGCCUCACAUCUGGCAGCUCCACAGUUUCAGCCAGGAUCAGACCUUUUCAAUCCUGCAAGAAGCAUGCUCUUGGCCCCACGUUGAAGGCCUCGAGCGGGUCGAGGGAAAGGAACUGGGCACUGAAUGUGAGCACACCAGUGAAACCCACAUCACUUGGGGAGGAAGCACGGGAAGAAGGCGGAAUCAAUGGGCUCGGCGAAGAGCCCGGUCGGUUCGACCCCAGCGCGCCUCCCCCCUUCAAAUUGGCCGAUAUCAGAGCAGCCAUUCCGAAGCAUUGUUGGGUGAAGAACCCGUGGAGGUCAAUGAGCUAUGUGGUGAGAGAUGUGGCGGUGGUUAUUGGAUUGGCUGCUGUUGCUGCCUAUUUCAACAACUGGGUUGUUUGGCCACUCUACUGGUUAGCUCAGGGAACCAUGUUCUGGGCUCUCUUUGUUCUCGGCCAUGAUUGUGGUCAUGGCAGUUUCUCUAAUAAUCCGAAGCUAAACAGUGUGGUUGGACAUUUGCUUCAUUCUUCAAUCCUUGUCCCGUAUCACGGAUGGAGAAUCAGCCACAGAACUCACCACCAGAACCACGGACAUGUUGAGAACGACGAAUCAUGGCAACCGUUGUCGGAGAGGAUAUAUAAUAGUCUGGAUAGUGUCACCAAAUUGAUGAGGUUCACCCUGCCAUUCCCCAUGUUGGCUUACCCUGUCUAUCUGUGGAGUCGAAGUCCUGGAAAGAAAGGCUCUCAUUUCAACCCGAAGAGCGACUUGUUUGUCCCGAAUGAGAGGAAAGAUGUGAUCACAUCGACUACUUGUUGGACUGCAAUGGUUGCGGUCCUUGCAUGCCUUUCCUUUGUUAUGGCCCCUGUUCAGCUGCUCAAGCUCUAUGGUGUUCCUUACUUUAUGUUUGUUGCGUGGUUGGAUUUGGUGACUUAUUUGCAUCACCAUGGCCAUGACGUGAAAUUACCGUGGUACCGUGGCGAGGAAUGGAGUUAUCUGAGAGGAGGGCUCACAACCCUUGACCGUGAUUAUGGAUGGAUCAACAACAUCCACCAUGACAUCGGGACCCAUGUGAUUCAUCACCUCUUCCCUCAGAUUCCACACUACCACUUGAUAGAAGCAACUGAAGCAGCUAAGCCAGUGCUUGGCAAGUACUACAGAGAACCGAAGAAAUCUGGGCCUCUCCCACUUCACUUGCUCAGGGUCCUCUCAAAGAGCAUGAAGGAGGAUCACUAUGUGAGUGAUUCUGGAGAUAUUGUGUACUACCAAACAGACCCUAAGCUCAGUGGGUCUAACACAAACAAAUGAGAAUGAGGAUGUAAUGGACUUUCCUGAUACCCAAGACCAAUGCCAGAGCCUGCUGAUAUGACAAUUCUUUCAGACCAUCCAUUUGGCGUCCCACCUUUAUCCCUGUAGGCGUGUAAACAAUUAUGCCGCCAUCCAUUCUUUUGUGCAUCCAACAAUGGAGAGCUAGAUGUUUCUGAAGAUUUUUCCUUCAGAGGUCUAUCUUGUAGCACGGGGAUUAUAGAGUUUUCUUAUGUAAUUGGAGGGAAAGAACAUCCCUAACUCCCUUUGAAGUGAAAAAGGCAAAAGAGAAGUUCUUUCCUUGCCAUUAGCUCUGCAUGGCGGCCUUGCAUGAUUAUUUCCAGGGUACCCUACAAGGCUAACCUUUACAGGAACCACUCUUUUAAGUAA